AUGCCACUGUCCAGGACUCGAUCUCUGUUCCGCAGUCUAAGUGGCCCGGAGCCUAACCAUAAAUCUAUUGACGGGGAAAGCAACUCCAGCAGCACCAGACAAGAACCAUCGUCGGGCUUCCAAUUCCCAACGCUGUCGUCCCUAAGCAGUCUCGCUCUCCAUCGACGUGGACGAAGGAAGUCUGAGAACACCAAAAGGAAGAGCGUUGGCAAUAACAGUAACCGAUCGAAAAGCAGAGACCUAGAAACGUGUGAGCGACAGCCGGAGCCCAACCCCAGAGGAGUCGGAGCGGCGCCCAAUCGCAAUCCUGAUGGCGGAUUGAAAGUGCCAUCGGCUGCAGAACGACAAGCGCAAGGACACGCACCAGCCACAGCCACAGCUUCACCCGCUUCACCCGCUUCACCCGCUUCAACCGAACCCACUUCAUUUUCUGCGACCACCACUCCUCAUCAUUCCGAUACAUCUACACCUCACGACGAUCCCAACGGCACCGAAGACAACGUCGUCCCUUCUAGCUCCUCUAGUCGCAGGUCUCCUCUGAGUCCUGACACUCCAAACACCAUUGCGACCACCCAUCCCCCUGUUCCUCCACUCCUCGUCGUCCAGCGACCUUCCUCUCCUACAGUCCCGACUCUCCCAUCACUAGCAUGCCCCCGAAAUGCUAGCGACCAAGCUAUGCAGAGAAAGAUCUGGGUGAAACGCCCAGGUGCUUCUCCGACCAGAGUUGAGGUCGCUCAAGACGACCUGGUGGACAAUGUUCGCGAUGUAAUCUUGCAAAAAUAUGCCAAUUCUCUGGGUCGCAGCAUCGAUGCUCCCGACGUUACAUUGAAGAUUGUCAGUCGCGAACAAAACAAUAAAAAUGUCCCUUUGGAGCGUCCCCUGGGUCCCGAAGAGCCCAUUGGGUCGACUCUUGAUACAUACUACCCCGGCGGGCAGACUGUCGAAGAAGCUUUGAUUAUCGAGGUCAAUACUGUACGCCGGACACCACGCCCAUCCCCUCGGGCUGGGAACCACCAAGUUUCCUACUACUAUCAGGACCAAUAUCGACCCGAUGAUGGCGCCAGGGAAUACUUCCCCCCUAUGCCACUUCACUCUCCCCAUCUGGCGCAUGUACCCCCUCCUCAUGCCGUUCAACACUCCAUGUCCGUCUUGACUACAGGCCAGUUGCCGCCUUUGCCCAGUCCAGGAUCGCACGGGCAAAGGAGACAUGCCAGACCCAAAUACGGCAGACAACACACGAGCAGUCCCACCAUUCUACAUACUGUCCAGCCCAAUGGGCAGGUCAUAGAAAAACAACCACAGAUGAACGGCGCCAUACCCACGGCUCCUCCGCUGCCUACGCCUCCACCGCAGGGACCUAACGACCACAAGCCAUCCAUCACCCCACCGAACCGUAUCACCUCUCCUCAUCUGGGUCAGAAAUCGAGGAAGAGAAAGAACCCCGUUACUUCUCGGUCAGCGAGUGGUGAUCAUCCGUCCUCCAACCAACCGGCGUCUGCGGCUUUGCUGGACGGGACUGUCCCGCCCAUCAAUGUGUUGCUCGUAGAAGACAACGUGAUCAACUUGAAGCUGCUCGAAGCUUUCAUGAAGAGACUCAAAGUUCGAUGGCAAUCAGCCAUGAACGGAAAAGAGGCUGUCGCCAUGUGGAGGAAGGGUGGUUUCCAUUUGGUUCUGAUGGAUAUUCAGCUGCCAAUCAUGAACGGGCUUGAAGCGACCAAGGAAAUCCGCCGGCUUGAAGCUGUCAACGGGAUUGGCGUCUUUGGUGGAAGUCCAAUCGAAACUCACCCCGGUCCAACACCCAAAGAUGGAGAACCUCUGGGUGAGGCUGAUGCUCUCCCUGAUCGAAGUCUGUUCAAAAGUCCAGUCAUCAUUGUGGCUUUGACGGCCAGCAGUCUGCAGAGCGACAGGCACGAAGCAUUGGCUGCUGGGUGUAACGACUUCUUGACCAAGCCCGUCAACUUCAUAUGGAUGGAGCGUAAAGUCACCGAAUGGGGUUGUAUGCAAGCGCUGAUAGACUUCGACGGAUGGAGAAAGUGGAAGCAAUAUGCCGAUGAAAAGGCGGCACAAGAUCCGGCCAAGAAGGCGGCCGAAGAGAAGGAAGAAAAGGCCAAAGCCAAAGCAGCUUUGAAGGCCAUGUUUUCAAGGCCACCACCUACUGUUAAGAAAGACAGUGCAGACAGCUUGGAAUCGACGUCUUCGGAAAGACCAACGCCGCCACCGACGUCGAACGGCACAGCUAAGAGAGCCAGCAGUCCAAUCUCGAAUGGUGGAGGUGGUGUAUCGAGAGGCCACAAGAGUACCCGAAGUACUGCGAAUGCUGGCAGGGGGAAUCUUGGGAGCAUGGCUGAGCAGGACGAGAACGAGUCGUGA